AAUGACUAUUGUACAGAUGUACUGUCUUUUUCUUGUAGACAGUUUGACAGUAACUAUUGUUUGAAAAUUGUUUUAUAUAGGGUAGCACCUGUAAUUGAACAAGUUAACAAUUUCCUUAUCCUUGCCAUCAUUUCCUUGAUACGACAAUUCUUUCUGUCUCAUAAAAAGACAAAAAGAUGGAAAGAAACAAAUGGUUGAAGACUGUCCUUUUACUUUGACCCUUUUCCUCAAGGUUCCGCAUAUUCAGCUUGUUUGUUGGGAAACUUGUCUAUUUGUUUCCUUUUUCUCUUGACUUCAUUCUACAUGAGUAAAUUAAGAAUUGUUUUCACUUUGGUCCGUGAGCAUAAGGGUGUACUAUAAUUGAAAUGUUUCACUUCUUGCCAUCAAAAUCUAAGCAAUACCAUGCUACUUGUUGCUAUAUACCAAAUGCAGACAAACAGACCCCCCAUUUCACUUUUAAAUGCCAAUUAUCUUUAUAAUAUAAUAAUAAUUCAUUACUUCUUUGUGUUGACACAAAUAGGAAGCAAAUCUGUAGAUUGUAGUGGUAAGAAAAUAAUUUUCCAUGGAAAGGAAAACAAUAGAGAGUGAGGCAAGUCAUGAAAACUCCAAACAUACUCAGGAUGAUCAUGAAGUUCCAGUAAUAUACUACCUUUCUAGAAAUGGACAGCUUGAGCAUCCUCAUCUCAUGUAUGUAUCAAUCUCUUCUCCAUGCGGAACACUGCGUCUUAAAGAUGUGAUAAAUACAUUGAGUUUUCUUCGAGGACAAGGAAUUGCCAACAUGUAUUCAUGGUCUACCAAGAGGAGUUACAGAAACGGGUUUGUGUGGCAAGAUUUAUCCGAGAACGAUUUCAUUUACCCGAGUAGCAGUCAUGAAUAUGUCCUCAAAGGAACACAACUCAUAGAACCUUCAAGCUAUACAUCAAAUGAAACAACAAUAUCAAUGCCAAGCUCCAAGAGUUCCAACGAAAGAAACAGUUAUAGCAUGGAUGCUGCAGACUCCCCUUCUUCCACCAUGAAGGACUCGCAACGCGAUUGCAAGCUUUACAAGGCAAAAAUAUGCAGGGAGUUUGUUGAAAAUUCUUCUAAUGCUUCGACACAGACCGAGGAGAUGAUAAGUAGGAAUAGGAUGGAAAUGGAUCAGCAAGGUGAAAGGCGUUAUCGUGGAAAUGCUGGUGCAAGGAAGAUUGAUGAGAAUAGAGGGUCUUUGUCAUUAUCCAGCUCCAAUUUUGAAUCCUUUGAAGGGUACUCUUUGGAAUCAGAAGAUAUCAGAAACCAAAAGACAGAGAAUGAACGUCCAAGUGGGAGGAUGAGAGCAACACAAGUUCUCAUGCAGUUGGUUAGCUGUAGAAGUACUAUAGAGGAACCAUAGUGACACGGUUCGCAAUUAUUUGUUAAUAUAUGAAUUAACUAUGAUCAACCGAUGAAUAUGUUUUGAGUUUUCUUCUGUAUGGACUGUGUGAUAAACCAAACCAUUCAAUUCAAAUCCGACAAGAGAUCUAACUCUCGUUCGUUAGAUUAUUUAAUUGUUGUUUCAUUAGACUGUUAAUAUGAAUG